AUGGAGAAGCUGAAGACAUUGCUCGUCGCAAAUCGAGGUGAGAUUGCAGUACGUAUCUGCAAAACCGCCCGAAGGCUCGGUAUCAAGACAAUCUCCAUAUACACGAGCACGGAUGCCGCCUCGGCUCAUGUUGGUGCGGCAGAUGAAGCCGUCCUCCUUUCCGGCCCUGAUGCAAAGGGAUAUAUCGAUGAAAAGCACAUCGUUGAACUUGCCAAGGCAAAAGGCGCUGAUGCAGUGAUCCCAGGUUAUGGAUUCUUGUCUGAGAAUACCCACUUUGCCCGCCAGGUCGCAGAAGCCGGAAUGGCCUUUGUUGGACCAAGCCCAAAGUGCAUCGAAGAUUUUGGAAUCAAACAUACUGCCCGUGACCUCGCGGCGAAAGUAGAUGUCCCAAUCGUCCCCGGAACCAAAGGCCUUGUCGGUUCGGAAGAGGAAGCGGUCGAUGAAGCAAAGAAGCUGGGCUUCCCGGUCAUGCUCAAGGCUACUGCAGGAGGUGGUGGGAUGGGCCUGUUGACGUGUUAUGGCGAAAACGACGUUCGCCAGUCAUUCAAAACGGUCCAAUCUCGAGGCGAGACAUUGUUCAAGAACUCUGGCCUAUUCAUCGAGAAGUACUAUCCAUCUUCACACCACAUCGAAGUCCAAGUCUUUGGCAACGGUCUUGGUCAAGCAGUCCAUUUCGGCGAGCGUGAGUGCUCAAUUCAACGUCGACAUCAGAAAGUGAUCGAAGAAUGUCCUAGUCCCUUCGUGAUGAAACAUCCUGAGCUGCGCGAAAUACUAGGGUCGGCGGCUGUCCGACUCGCCGAGUCAACCAAGUAUGGCUCCGCUGGGACUGUCGAGUAUCUUGUGGAUGAUGAAUCUGGAGACUACUUCUUUCUGGAAAUGAACACACGGCUGCAGGUAGAACAUGGCAUUACGGAAAUGUGUUACGGUGUUGAUCUGGUGGAGUUGAUGCUGAAGCAAGCUGAUGCCGAGUUGUGCGGAAAAGGCGGCCUACCGGGUGACCAUUUGCAUAGUAUCCGACUCAAAGGUCCAACAGGGGCAGCAGUGGAGGUGAGAGUGUACGCCGAGAAUCCAGCGAAAGGUUAUGCACCAUCACCAGGAACGUUGCAGCACGUGUCAUGGAAAGAAGUUCCAGGCUCAAGGAUCGAUGGUUGGGUCCAUACCGGCACUAAGGUCACAUCAUUCUAUGAUCCAUUACUGGCGAAGGUCAUGGUGCAUGCUUCGAAUAGGGAUGAAGCCAUCAGAGGAAUAUCCGAGAUGCUGGAGAAUUCGAAGAUCUUUGGACCUCCAACCAAUAUGGACUUUCUGGCCGCCAUUUUGCAAGACCACACAUUCAAAUCUGGAAAGACACUGACCAGGUUCUUGGACUCUUUCCAGUACCAACCGGCUGCAAUAGAUGUGCUGCAAGGUGGCGCUUACACAUUGAUCGAAGAUUGGCCUGGUCGACCUACGAUUGGAAGAGGUUUCUCACAUUCCGGUCCCAUGGACCCUCUGGCAUUUCGUAUCGCCAAUGCCCUCGUUGGGAAUCCACCCGGAAAAGAAGGAAUUGAGAUCACUUUGAGCGGACCUGACCUAAGAUUCCUGGGCCCUGCGAUCGUUGCUAUUUGUGGAGCUCCGAUGGACGUCAAGCUCGAUGGCGCACCUGUAUCAAUGUGGACACGAAUGAAGAUUGAGGCCAAUCAACGCCUGACUAUUGGAAAGACGACAGGAGGUGGAUGCAGAUCAUAUUUGGCCAUCUACGGAGGUCUCCCGAGCAUUGCAACGUGGUUUGGAUCCAAAUCAACUGCUCCAAUGACAGCCGUGGGUGGCUAUCAAGGAAGAGCGCUUGCCGCUGGUGAUCUGCUGGGUAUCACGAAAGAUCUCCCUGAAAUCCAAGGUGAACUGAAACUACCAGAAUAUCUCAUUCCUCAAUAUCCCGCAGAAUGGGAUCUUUUUGCUAUGCCAGGUCCCUAUGACGAAGGAUUCAUUGCCGCGGAAUCCAUAGAGGAGUUCUACAACAGCACUUGGACCAUUUCACAUAACGCCGCUCGAGGAGGUAUUCGGCUCAUUGGACCAAAACCAAAAUGGGCAAGGACCGACGGAGGUGAAGGAGGAGCGCAUCCCUCAAAUGUCAUCGAGUAUGGGUAUCCGGUUGGCACGGUCAACUGGACAGGAGACGACCCAUGCCUAUUCCCGAUCGAUGCUCCUGAUUUUGGUGGCUUUGUGUCUGCGACGACCAUUGUCAAGGCAGACUACUGGCGACUAGGGCAGAUGAAGGCUGGCAAUAAGCUCAGAUUCAAACGGGUGUCAUACCAGGACGCCAUCGCCAAGCGAAAAGCAGUCGAAGAGUUUCUAGGGUGGAUCCACGACUGUUGCAAUGGCAAAGCCUCUUUCGAUGACGUUUUUUCUUUGAGAUAUCAAGGAUUACCUCCAUCUGUGGAGAACAAAGGCUGGGAGCCAGCCGUCAUCCAUCAAAUCAAAGAAGAAGGCAACCGGCCGCUGGUCUCCUAUCGCCAGGGUGGUGACGACUUUAUCUUGAUCGACUACGGUCACGGCUCCUUCGAUCUAAACUAUCGGUGCCGUGCCGUUGCAUUGUAUCGGAAGCUCCGAGAGUCGACCGGAGACAUAUCAUUCUCCAGUGGAGCACUGCACACCGGUAUGGCAUGUGGGAACUCAUUGAUGCUUUACUAUGAUUCCAUGAAAGUCAAUCGACAGAAGAUGUUGGACUAUCUCCUGAAACUUGAAACUGAACUUGGCGAUUUGAGUGAAGCCAGGUUUCCCAGUCGCAAAUACAAACUGCCCAUUACAUUUGAGAGUAAGAGGCAGAAGGAAAGUCUGCAGAGGUACAUGGAGACUCAAAGGCCGUAUGCGUCUUACUUACCUGACCCUCUGGAAUUUGUGGCGAAAAAUAAUGCAUUUACCAUGCAACAGCUGCGGGACGUCUUUACAAAAUCCUCGUUGAUGGUGGUUGCGGUGGGCUUCUUUGUGGCACUGCCGAUCGCCUUGCCCAUUGAUCCUCGUCAACGCAUCCAAUGCCCCAAAAUGAAUCCGUCUCGUGUUCACACCCCAGAAGGCCAAGUGGGCUGGGGAGGAUCUUGCAUGGCACUGUACAACGUCGAGUCGCCAGGUGGCUACAUGAAUACCGGACUUUCCAUUCCGGGGGCUGAUAUUCUUGGUUUCAAGAAAGGGUACAACUCGGAGAAACCGUGGCUGUUUGAAGAUUUUGACCAAAUUACCUUCUACGAAGUCACCGAGAGCGAGUACGAGGGCAUGAUGGCCACGUUCCGAAGUGGUCGCUAUGAGUACGAGUAUGAGGACACCGAAUUCGACAUGAAGGAGCAUAAUCAACUGCUGAAAGACACCAAGGAUGAAGUGAAGGAGAUCCGAGCCAAACAGCGAGAGGCACAAGCCGAGAUGGACAAGCUGGAGAAAGAACUCCUUGAGAAAUGGAAUAAAGAGAAGGAGGCUGCAAAGGUGAGCCUGGAUACGGUUGAAGGGCUGCUCCACGAUCCAGAUAUCAUCGCGGUCGAGGCACCCCUGAAUGCCAAUGUCUGGAAAGUCGAAGUCAAGGAAGGUGACUCCGUCAAGGUCGAGCAAGUGGUAUCCAUCCUGGAGGCGAUGAAGCUUGAAAUUCCUGUCAAAACAGAACCAAUCAUGGAAGGGGCCACAGUUGAGAAGAUGCUGGUAAAGCCCAACGACGUCGUGCAAGCGGGAAACCCGUUGAUGCUGCUGCGCAAGCCGAAAAAGACAUGA